UCCGACAUGCUGCCACGCAGGUCCAUUUUCCAGGUCCCGGAAAUCCAAGCUCUCCUACUGGAGCACCUAUCCCUCUCAGAUUUAUUGGUCUACGGGCAGACACACUGGGCAGGACGGAACGCAACGCAGACCGAGAUGAGACGACGUUUGAGGCAUCUGCGGCGAUGCCAAACCGGUGGGGUGCACCUCCUGGGCGGAAUGCGUCCGUACGAGAUCUCGUCUGCCCGUGAGAGACCCGAGGGACUUUCGACGUUACUUUCCGACCCUCUCUCUACCCUCCGCAAAAGAACCUUCUCGAAAGGGCAAUGUGGCAACGGCCUCAAAAGUACGGGCAGCCAAAAGAUUAUCUCAAACUGUUUGAAAGAACGCUGGAUCUUCUUGAGGAGCAGGAGACACCCGCGGAGGAAGCAUCGGAAAUGUGCCGUCUCGCACUCAAUGUGCAUUGUGCAUCUCGCUUUGGAGCUGGCGACGCCCGUCUCGCCGGUGAUCGCGGAGAGCCUGUCUGUGGUGAAUGCGUUGGGGAAUUACCUAUUGGGCGGUAAACCUCCGGAGAAGGCGGUACUCAUCACAAGGAACAGAAUACACCUUCCAGUCUUCGCUGACUUUGAGGCCGCCGCAGAACAAGGCUGGAUAAAGCUUCUGACUCUGAUAGGAAGUGUCAGAUGGGCGUUCGGCGCUAUUCGUAUGAUAGGCGCUUUUCCCUUCAUCUAUUCGAUGACCAUGUCAUUCGAUCUGUCCACGGCGUCUCGAGUGACAUUUCUUGUGGAGCCGGAUUUAAAGCUCGAUUUGGAUAAGGUGGCCUGGCGGAAGGUGGAAGGUGAGGAGGUGGUUAUGCUUGCCAGAUAGAAGCUCGAGCCUGGGCCACAUAGGAAUCGCUGAGUGCGUGGGAAGGGGUGCCGGCUGUGGCUCUGAACGCAUCAUCUCUAAUGCACCACGAAGCGGCCCAGAAAGUGGUCUGGGACUAUUAUGCAAAAAGUCGAGUUUGAAAGAGAACCUGCUGCAAAUCCUACCAAUAGUCUCUAUGUGCAUGCGAUAGGCAUUGAGGAAGUCUUUCUCGAUACAUCAUGAAAGUGCUGCCA